GGAUCCCUCUCUCUCCGCAGUCCCUUGAUCUAGACGGCGGAGGCGGCGAGCCGGCGGCGGGCUCCUGCCUCCUGCUCCUCAGUACACACCUACUCCCCGGCUCCUGCUCCUCCCACUCACCCUCAGGCGCCAGGAGCAGCUCGCCGGCAGCAGCGCCGCUCAGGCGAGAACAACAACAGCAAGGCAGAUCCGCCUCCAUGGCUGCCGUUUCUCCCCUCCCCGUCUGCCUCCUCCUCCUCGUCGCCGCCCUCCUCCUCCCAGCAUCCAACGCCAUCUACUGCGACGAGGACGACUGCUACGACCUCCUCGGGGUCAAGCAGGACGCUAACGCGUCGGAGAUCAAGAAGGCCUACUACAAGCUCUCCCUCAAACACCACCCGGACAAGAACCCCGAUCCGGAGUCGAAGAAGCUCUUCGUCAAGGUCGCCACCGCCUACGAGAUACUAAAAGAUGAGACAACUAGGGAGCAGUAUGACUAUGCUGUUGCGCAUCCAGAAGAGUUCUUCUACAACACUGCUCAAUACUACAGGGCCUACUACGGAUAUAAAACGGAUCCUCGUGCUGUGUUGAUUGGCCUUCUUUUAAUCGUGUCAGCAUUCCAAUACAUACACCAGUUGACAGCAUAUAGUCAGGCCAUUGAAAGUGUGAAGCAAACUCCUGCUUACAGAAAUAGGUUGAAAGCAUUGGAGUUUGAGCGAACAGGAGGAAUUUCAAGCAAAAAAAAGGGUACCAAGCAGAUCGAUAAAAAUUUGGAAAAUGAGCUUAGAGGUGAAGUUGACUUGCAAAUUCAGGGAGUUAAGAAACCUUCUGCGUGGAGUCUCUAUGGAGUCCAACUUAUACUUCUGCCUUACUUCAUUGGCAAGCUGCUCACUUGGCAAAUUUGUUGGUUUUGGAGAUACCGGGUAAAGAAAUUGCCAUAUGCAUGGGAGGAUGCAUGCUAUUUGACCAGGACAUCUCUUAGGAUACCUGAUAACACAUGGCAAAAUAUAGAUGAGUUUACGAAGGAGGAUCUUGUGAUGAAGCGUCUCUGGGAGAAAGCCAACAUGGAGAGGCACAUGGCGGAGGCGAGAAAAGGAUCGAGGCGUAGAAGAUAAGCUCAGUUUUGACUUUUGACCGAAGAGGCUGUUUGACAGCACAACAUGUAGUAGGGAGCCAUACUCAAGUUAAAAGGUUACAUGUACACACAUCGAAUUAUGUUCAUUGCAAUGCAACAGACCGACAGACAUUCGCAGAAUGAAACACCA